AUGGAUCAAGCUAACGAUACUUUCAAUGCUGUUAACAAAGAGAUAAAAAAAGAUUACAGGUCUCUAAGAAAUCGCAUCUUGAGUAUUCUGCUGGAUCAUGCGUUUCUCUCAGAAAAAGUCGUACCGACUUUUCCAAAUUAUCCUGUGAUUCCAAACGAACGCUGCGGGCUUUGGUAUUGUGAUCCUACUUCUUUCCAACAGACAAGCUACUUUAAGUCAACUGAUGGUCACACAAACCAGUGGGAUUUCAGCACACGUCGUUUAAAUUUCCAUUUGCUUCCCACAAUAGCACAACAUGGUGGUGUAGUCAUCGUAGAUAGCACAAGAAGAGGAAAGAAGAUACCUGAUGCCUUAAGUAAAACCGUGCCAAUAUGGUGUGCUGUUUUAAACUCAUUGAUGCUUGAAUAUCGAGGCUUAGAGGAUAAAGUACUCUUUUGCCCUCCAAAUACAGUCCCACCUUCCGAGAUCGACAGGAUUAAAAAAAAAAUUCCUUCUUUAAUGCUGAAGCUUCAGCAACUUAAUGUCAUCACGGGAAAGGAGAUCUAUGAUAUGCUAGGAGGGAAGCUUUUGAGGCCAAUAUGGGUUUAUCCGGGGUGCUCGAUUUUGGAAUCAAAUACUGACGUAUUUACUGGCGAGCCUAUGCCCUGUAAUGCGUGGGAAAACUCCGAAAAAGACAGUAUUCUUCCCAUAAUUUUAUGCACCGCAAGCUAUCAAUGCCAAGAUGGGGUAGACAAAAGACUUGGCUUCACUUAUGUACAAGGGGCAGCUGAUGACCACGAAUCGUGGGCCAAAGGUUUAACACCAGCUGUAUUUUGGGAAAACGUCUCUGCUUUCAAAGAUAGUGUGGUAUCUGAGCAAAUGCUAGAGCGGUUAAUUGAAGAAAAGACUAUUCUUGAGUCAAAUUGUAAUGUUGGAUUGAGCACAGGAGCAGCAAACUUUGCCCAAGCUGAUCAGAUAACGGGGGAGCUAUACCUUGGAUGCCUAAUACAAAAAUGCGAGCUAAGUGAAGCGAUGAUCAGAAAUCUCCUCUCGAAAUACGGAAUAAUAAUUUGUUUUACGAAGACAUCUUUGAUUGCUAACAAGGAAGAUCAACCUCGCAUAAUAUGCUAUCCACUUGAGAGUGACUCAAAGAAAAGCUCAAGAGAACUCAGAGUGAAACUGCCUGGAAUAUGCAAUCUGAUAAAGUCAAGUAUUCAAAAAUCUUCACCAAUAUUAGUGUGCUGUGACACCGGCAGGGAUAUUUCAGUUGGCGUCAUCCUUGCUGCACUAUGUGAGAACUACGACGAAAACUGGUCAAUGACAUCGCCACAAAGUGUUAGUAAAAUCACAAUUAGAAAACAUCUUUCCAAGGUGAUCACCAAAUUAAAUGGCCGGAACGUCAAUCCGUCAAGAGCUACUCUAAAUAGCAUCAAUGCUUACUUGAUGUAG